GACUUACCCAGCGCAUGCUGUGCCGCUUCGGCGUGCGUGUGACAGAUGCUCCGUCCUCGGGAGAUGACGAAGACGGGGAGGACGAGGCUGAAGACACAGGGGCCCCUUACUGGACACGGCCAGAGCGGAUGGAUAAGAAGCUGCUGGCCGUGCCGGCUGCCAACACCGUGCGCUUCCGCUGCCCAGCAGCGGGUAACCCCACGCCCUCCAUCUCCUGGCUGAAGAACGGCAAGGAGUUCCGCGGGGAGCACCGCAUCGGAGGCAUCAAGCUGCGGCACCAGCAGUGGAGCCUGGUCAUGGAGAGCGUGGUGCCCUCCGACCGCGGCAACUACACGUGUGUGGUGGAGAACAGGUUCGGCAGCAUCCGGCAGACAUACACGCUGGAUGUGCUGGAGCGCUCUCCACACCGGCCCAUCCUGCAGGCAGGACUGCCAGCCAACCAGACGGCGGUGCUGGGCAGCGACGUGGAGUUCCACUGCAAGGUGUACAGCGACGCGCAGCCACACAUCCAGUGGCUCAAGCACGUGGAGGUGAACGGCAGCAGGGUGGGCCCCGACGGCACGCCCUACGUCACCGUGCUCAAGACGGCGGGCGCUAACACCACCGACAAGGAGCUAGAGGUUCUGUCCUUGCGCAAUGUCACCUUUGAGGACGCGGGGGAGUACACCUGUCUGGCGGGCAAUUCUAUCGGGUUUUCCCAUCACUCUGCGUGGCUGGUGGUGCUGCCAGGUACCGCCAGUCCCCGGCGGCCCUACACUGCGACUUUGGCAUCUCCUGGGCACCUGGUGGCGGUCUAUGGGCUGGGCUUCUUCCUCUUCAUCCUGGUGGUGGCAGCCGCGACGCUCUGCCGCCUGCGCAGUCCCCCCAAGAAGGGCCUAGGCUCGCCCACCGUGCACAAGGUCUCCCGCUUCCCACUCAAGCGACAGGUGUCCCUGGAGUCCAACUCAUCCAUGAACUCCAACACGCCACUGGUCCGCAUUGCCCGGCUGUCCUCGGGAGAGGGCCCCACGUUGGCCAACGUCUCCGAGCUUGAGCUGCCUGCCGAUCCCAAGUGGGAGCUGCCCCGGGCCCGGCUGACCUUGGGCAAGCCUCUCGGUGAGGGCUGUUUUGGGCAGGUGGUCAUGGCAGAGGCCAUCGGGAUUGACAAGGAUCGGGCCGCCAAGCCUGUCACCGUGGCCGUGAAGAUGCUGAAAGACGAUGCCAGUGACAAGGACCUGUCGGACCUGGUGUCGGAGAUGGAGAUGAUGAAGAUGAUCGGCAAGCACAGGAACAUCAUCAACCUGCUGGGAGCCUGCACGCAGGGCGGGCCCCUGUAUGUGCUGGUGGAGUACGCGGCCAAGGGCAACCUGCGGGAGUAUUUGCGGGCACGGCGGCCUCCAGGCAUGGAUUACUCCUUCGACACCUGCAAGCUGCCUGCGGAGCAGCUCACCUUCAAGGACCUGGUGUCCUGUGCCUACCAGGUGGCCCGGGGCAUGGAGUACCUGGCCUCCCAAAAGUGCAUCCACAGGGACCUAGCUGCCCGCAAUGUGUUGGUGACCGAGGACAAUGUGAUGAAGAUCGCAGAUUUUGGCCUGGCCCGUGACGUGCACAACCUCGAUUACUACAAGAAGACCACCAAUGGCCGGCUGCCUGUGAAGUGGAUGGCACCUGAGGCCCUGUUCGACCGCGUCUACACCCAUCAGAGUGACGUUUGGUCCUUCGGGGUCCUGCUCUGGGAGAUCUUCACGCUGGGGGGCUCCCCGUACCCCGGCAUCCCCGUGGAAGAGCUCUUCAAGCUGCUGAAGGAGGGCCACCGCAUGGACAAGCCAGCCAACUGCACCCACGACCUGUACAUGAUCAUGCGGGAAUGUUGGCACGCCGCGCCCUCACAGAGGCCCACCUUCAAGCAGUUGGUGGAGGACCUGGACCGUGUCCUCACUGUGACGUCCACUGAUGAGUACCUGGACCUGUCGGCGCCCUUUGAGCGGUACUCACCAGGCGGCCAGGACACCCCCAGCUCUGGUUCCUCGGGGGAUGACUCUGUCUUUGACCAUGACCUGCUGCCCACAGCCCUGCCCAGCAAUGGGGGCCCGCGGACAUGAAGGGCCACCGGCCCUGCAGGCCAAGCCCCCACCAAUGUGAGAGCAGACCCCAGCCCACCCUGCUGCUGCUGCUGGCAUGCAGU